UGGUGGGGGAUUCGCGCGAGGCAACCCGACACGGUCGGUGGGUUCGUAGGAACCCGAGAGGGGGCACUUAAAGGCACCCGGGUGCCGUCCGACCGUCGGAAUUCGGCGGUGGAAGGGAAGUCCAGGUUAAACCGUCACGCGCUAUCCCCUCUUGUGCCGGCUGGUUGCCGUUUGCCCCCACCCUUAAGGUGGCAGCGCCUCCAUCGGGCAUUCCACUGAGUGGCACGCUUCGACGAGACGACAGAAGACGUUCGCGGUUCGUGCAGUCAGUCGUGCUCUGACGACCGUCCCGAGUAGUCGGAGUUCGGUGAUUGAAUCGAAGCGAGCAAAGAGAGACGACGUGCGUUCUCUUUGCUGCGUUCUCUGCGUCCGAAUAUAUUCGUCGCUGUUCGGUAAUCGUCGCUUCGGCCAGUCGCUUGGAUUACAAAUGCGAGCACCGGCCUAGCAAGAACGCUACCUUACAGUGCUACCCAUUCUGGAUUAACAGUGUGCAGUGUGCAGCUUGACGACAAAUCGUGCCGGACGAUUUGUCGACUAUUUCCGUUUGAUCUCUGUUUUGUGACGCGAGACGGUCACGAUGGUGACAGGGGUGGGUGCCACGAUGCCGACAGGCGGUGUCACCGUCGGUGCUACGCCACCGGCGCAACACGUGCCCCAGGAGGCUGGACAGCCCCCUGCGCAAACAACAACAACCACCACCACCACCACCACGAGAAGAUCCGGAGAGAAUCGACGGAGCAAUAAACCGAUAAUGGAAAAACGGCGACGAGCCCGCAUUAACAACUGCCUAAACGACCUGAAGACCCUCAUACUGGAUGCCAUGAAAAAAGACCCAGCGCGACACUCGAAGCUGGAGAAAGCGGACAUCCUGGAGAUGACGGUGAAGCACCUGGAAACGCUCCAGCGUCAACAGGUAGCAUUGGCGGCUGCGACCGAUCCGAACGUGCUGAACAAAUUCCGCGCUGGUUUCACGGAAUGCGCCGGCGAGGUUGGCAGAUUUCCCGGGCUGGACGCCUCGGUGAAGAGACGUUUGAUGGCCCACUUGGCCUCCUGCCUCGGACCGGUCGAGGCGAGCAACAACAACGGGCAGGCAGCGAACCAGCAGCCUGUCCAACCGGCGCCACCGACCACGCAGCUCCAAGUGCACAUUCUCCCCCAGGUGGACGCCACGCCGAGGAUCCAGGUCCAACAGUCGAACGGCAUCUUCUUCACGAACGCGAACGGCACCGGGCUUCAGUUGGUCCCGACCAGGCUACCGAACGGAGACAUCGCGUUGGUGCUUCCGGCGGGCGCGAAAGCGACCCCCGUUACGUCACCGGCCACGUCCCCGGCGCCAACCUCGCCUCUGCCAACUCUGAUCCCGAUUCCUCAGAGAACGGCCAGCACCGCGUCGGCGUCGUCCUCCUCGUCCUCUGCCAGCUCGACGUCCACGUCCGCGGCGAGCCCGGUGGCGUUCGAGGCACCUCCAGCCACGUUCCGCGAACAGCCGGUGGCCUACACGAACGGCAACAGUCACAGAGACGUGGCCACCUCGCCGGCUAACGGAUACACCAGCGACCCGGAGUUCGAUCCUCGCGUGUACAGCCCACCGCUUCAGAAACCCCUCGCGCUGGUGAUGAGGAAGAGCGUCGUGCCCGAGGUGGGAGAGAAACCGUGGAGGCCGUGGUAAAUAGACACCGUGUGGAACCGAUCUCUUUGAAUAUUCUCGCCGAUUCGGACAAGUUCGGGGACGAACUUUGAACUUCACGUAUCGUUUUUUGUACAAUCGUACCAGUCGCGGGUGAUGGAAAGAUGCCAAGUCUCGAGUGAUACACGUUAUACACGCUUCGGCGAGAAGAGACGAGAGUAGUGGACCGUAGAUCGGAGAGUAGUCCCGCGGAACACGGAUCAUUGUUCCUUUCGUCGUGUGGCGCGUUCUAGAAAUCGCGGUGAAGGAUGUCCUGCCAGCUAGGAGAUCUCGCGCGAGCUGGGAGAAACCGUCAGAAUUUCCAUAUUUCCCCCGAGUGCGUGCAGUCGGCCAGUAGCCUAUGAGGCAGUGCCUUAUACAGUGCCUUGUAAAUAUUAUUUUUAAUUUAGAUCCCAUUAAACGUCCCGUCGAAAUUCGUCGAGAACCAUGGUCUAG